AUUUUUCAUUUCAUUAUUGUAAUCAAAUCUUCCUUUAAAACAAUUUAAAUAUUUUUCUUAAUUUCAAUAACCAUGGAAGAAAUCAAGUCCGAGACUAUUGAAGAAAUCACAGAAAAGCUUUGCCAAACAUUAAAUUGCUCAUCGUUAGCUAAUGAUCUGGAAAGGGUUAAACAUGCACGCGAAAUAUUGGCAAAAAUGCAGCAAAAUGAAAUAUUGGAACAGUUGGGAAGGGAGGGCGAUACCGGGACAACUAAAAAUCAGGGUGGAAUGUUUCAGCCAAAGGCCAGGUUACCACAAGAAGCGGCACCGAAUGGUGAAAAUAAUGAAAAUCCUUCUCUGCAACAAUCUCUUGAGGAUGAAAUUCCAGAAGAAUUAGAAGCCAUGGAAGAUGAGCUUUCAAAUGAUUCAUCUCACGACACCUGGCAGGGUUUCUUUAAUGAUUUCGAGAUAAUCGACGAAGAUGCCUUUGCUUUUGGAAAUGCAAAUAAGCAAUGUAUUGAAAUCUCCCAUGAAGACAGUGACAGCAUGCUUGAAUCGCAUUUAAGAGCUGGUGUAAGAUGUUUUGCCAUAGACCUUUUUAAAGGCACCCAGCUGCAGAAUCAAGUAUUGAUCUACAAACUUCAUGAGAAAGAAUUGAAAAUUUCACGCCAAUUUGGGUUUCCGGUAACAGCCAGCCUUCUGGCCAUGUUAAGUCCUCGAUGCCAGUAUACCGGCAUGUUUGAGCCUUGUGAGGCCAUUCAUCAGCUGCAAAAGAACGAAGUGAUUACCUUGACCUCAGAUCGACAAUAUUCAACAAAGUGCUGCAGGGAGAAGAUCUAUGUGAAUGCCCGUUUUGUAAUUGAAAAUUGUCAAGUGGAUGAUUUUGUUCUAGUGGGACCUUCACUACAACUUCAAAUUAUUUCAAAAGAUGCAGGAGAUUUGCAGUGUCGUGUAAUGCAAUCAGGCAGCGUAGCAUCCAGGACACCGGUUCGUUUUCCAAAUCGAGGUUAUCGCUAUAAUAUAUCCCUGGAAGAAAUUGAGGAUAUAGUUUUUGCCCGCGAGGUGGGCAUAAAUGUCAUCGUAUCCUAUAUUCCGGGGACUUUGGACUAUUUGGAAGAUUUGAAAAAGGUUAUGAACUUAUUGAAGUGUCAAAAUUUACGCCUCUACGCAAGAGUGGUUAUAAAUGACUUUAAGAAUGUCUGUUUUGAGGAGGUGAAAUGGGUAGCCCAUGAAUAUGAUGGCUUUGUAUUCGAUUUCAUUGCACAACAGAAAAAAGUUGAGAGUCAGGAUCAUGAGUGCCAGCCUUUCCAGUCGAAUAAAUUGAAUUUAACCCCCACUGCUGUUCUUCUAGCCAAGAAGAUUUUUGAUUUGCAAAAGCCUUUAAUAAUGAAACCAGAACUUAUAGCAAAUUGGCAGCUCAUUCCACUAGAUUGUAAUUUACCAGAAGUCUUUUACUAUCCCGAUAAAUACAUGUUUAUGAGCAAACAAACACCAACCACUUUACACUUUGGCAUGCGGCAAAUGGCUAUUUCUUCGGGAUUGUCCAAAUCAAAGCUGUAUUGCGACGAAGGUCUCACAGAGAGUGAUAUUCUGGCCAAAGCUUGUGUAACAGCUUCACUUGAGUCAGAAGCUGUUGCAAUUCUAGUGUGUUCCAUUAUACCUGACAUGGCCAUAAAGCUUUCUCAUUUUCGACCAAAGGCUACAAUUUUUUUUAUUUCUUCCACCAAGUCCAUUGCAGAUUAUAUAUCAAUGUACCACAAUAUUGUCCACUUACAUUUUUCGACAACUGGCGAUUGUGCAUAUAUGGAAUAUAUAACUAAAUCCUUUAUGUUUGGUUUGCUCUAUAUGAAAAGUCGCAAAUUGCUGCCCAGUGAUAAGAAUGUUGUCCUAGUUUACAGUAGUAAUCCUGAUACUCAUUGGCCUGAUAAAUAUGUCUUUUACAAUUUUGAGGAGAAAGAUUUUGGAAAUCUUAAUUAUAAAUUAAACAACAUAUUAAAUUCUUAAACCAUUAUAUAUUUUUUAAUAGAGAAAUAUUUUACCUUAAUUUGUAAUACUUUAUAUUAUCCUUUGUAAGAUCCUACAAUAUAUAAACUUCCAUAUUUUA